AUGGCGUCCCUCAAGCCCAUCGUCUUGCUCUCGUCCCUCCUCUCCCUCACCCAGGCAAGCCCUCUUCACCACCCGGGGGGUGAGGUCACGACGUUUGAGAACAAUGUCGUCUUCGUGCCGCCCUCGGACUACACAGACCCGCGAGUUCUCUACCCGCGCACCGCCGAGCUCACACUGCACGGCAAUGUGCUCCUCGGAACAUGGGAGAACUACUCGCCCGAGCCGCCACUGGUCUACUUCCCCAUCUACAAGUCUGUCGACCACGGCAAGACCUGGAAGCACAUCUCGAACGUGACCGACGACGUCAAUGGGUGGGGCCUGAGGUAUCAGCCAUUCAUCUACGAGCUGCCCGUCGACUUCGGUGGGUACAAGGCUGGUACGGUGCUGGUGGCUGGCAACAGCAUCCCGACGGAUCUGAGCGAGACCAAGAUCGAUGUCUAUGCGAGCACGGACGCCGGGUGCACGUGGGAAUUUGUGAGCAGUGUUGCCAGGGGAGGCGAGGCGCUGCCCAACAACGGGCUGACGCCUAUCUGGGAGCCCUACAUCGAGAUGUUUGAAGACAAGCUCGUCCUGUACUACUCGGACCAGCGCGACCCAGACCACGGCCAGAAGCUCAUCCACCAGACGACAACGGAUCUUUUGACCUGGGCCGACCCGGUCGACGAUGUUGCGUACGACGAGUACACCGACCGCCCGGGCAUGACCACCAUUGCCCAGCUGCCGACUGGCGACUACAUCCUCACUUAUGAGUGGGGCCACGACUUCUCCGGCCGCUACUCCUUCCCCGUGACAUACCGCAUCAACGCGAACCCGCUCGACUUCGCCAACAGCGAGCCGGUCGGCAUUGUUGCCGCCAACACGGGCACCACCCCCACGGGCUCCCCUUAUGUCGUCUGGAGCAGCGUCGGCGGCGAGAACGGCACCAUCAUCGUCAGCUGCGGCAACCUCGGCUCCGUCUUCACCAACCAGGCCCUCGGCGCCGCAGACCAGUGGUUCGAGCGCGAGACGCCUCAGCCUGCUGCGUACACGCGCCACCUCCGAGUCUUUGCCGAGGACCCAGACAAGCUGCUCAUCAACGGCGCCGGCAAACUGCCCCCGUCGACCACCAACGAGGUGUCCCUGUCGGUUGUCUCUAUCGAGGGGCUGCUGUCCUCGUAA